AUGCCGAGCGGAAAACAACGGCAGGGCGAGGGGGACGACGAUGAGAACACGGGGAAGGAGCGGCAUCGGUCGCACAGGGAGAGGGACAGCGACGGCCAUGGCGGCCCAACCCGUCCCCUCGCAUCGUUAAUGUCGACUGCUCCUCACGCCGCGCUAGACGACCUCUUAUUGGCGCUUCUCCGCGCGUUAGCGCGAUUGCCGGUGGAUCUCGAGGCGCUUAAGAGCUGCGUGGUGGGCAAAUCGGUGAACCAGCUACGCAGCCAGCGGAACGCGGAGGUGCAGAGGCGCGCAAAGCGGUUGGUGGAGGUUUGGAAGAAGUGCGUGGACGAGACGCUCGCGGAGAACAUGGGGCGGAAGAGCGCAGGGGGAGGGGGAAGCGCAGGGGGGAGUGCAGGGGGAAGCGCAGGGGGAAGUGCAGGGGGAGGGGGAGCCGCUGCAAACGUAGGUACAGCAGCAAGUGGAGGGACAGCAGCUUCAGGAGCAGAAGCAGGGACAGGGGGGGCAGGAGUGAAAAAAGGGGCACCCGUUAUAGUCACACCUGUGGCCGCAUCACCCCUGCGACCUUCCGCUGUUUCCUCCCCUGCGUCUUCACCAACCCUGCACACGGUAGGCUCGGGACAACUUCGGGCUGCCAAACCUAGUGGCUCGGCAGGGGACGGGGGAGACCUCGGUGGGACGCCGGGGGCGGGGAGGGGGCGAGGGGGAGGCGGAGCGGGGGAAGGGGGGCGGCCGCCACCUUCCCCCUUGUCCGUUCCGGGGGGCAGUCCCAAGGGCAGGGGGGAGUCGCAGGUUUCGCCGGGUAGCCUGAGAAGUGGUAACCAGAAGGGUCACGCGGGUGGGUUACAGAAAGCGGGUGGGAGUGGAGGGAAAGGGGUUCUGAAAGAGGAGGGCGUUGUGGCCGGCCGUGAGCCGUCAAAAGCAGAAAGAUCAGCGGAAAGAGAUGGUGCUGCCGCGUCUGCUGUGGGUUCUGUUGCCGCUGAGUCGUCUGAUGGGCAAGGGAGGCUGCAGGAGCGAGCUGGUUCGAGCAAACCGCAGGGAGAGGCUGUGCCUCCGCAAGAGACGGAGAAUGAGGAGAAGGAGAAGCGGAGGGAAAGGAGGGAGGGGAAGGAAGGAAAGGAGGGGAAGGAUCAAGAGGAUGGAAAGGAGGAUAAGGAAGGGAAGGAGGAAAGGGAGGUGGAGGCCAGAAGAUUCUCACCAGGGGAGGCGGAGAGACCGCGGUUGGCUGAGGAGGGAACGGCAAACGAAGGCGAAGGGGUGGAGGGGGAAGACGGAGAGAACGAGCGUGGGGAGAAGGCGGAGAAAGGGGCUGAAUUCGCGGGGAGGAGAGAGGGGGGCGAAGGAGCUAGUGGUGUCAAGGAAACAGAGUCGGGCUUGGAGGAAACACUGAAUGGAACGAGAGUUGCAGGGCGAGAGUGCGUGGGUGGUGACUCUGCCGCAAGUGCCUUGCUUGCUGAGGGGGCGGCUGUGGGAGCAGCAGGAGGUGGGGGGGUUGCAGGAGGGAGUGGGGUUGGGGCUGCAGGUGGGGUGGCAGGAAGUGAAAAGGAGGAGAGGAGUAAGCAACAGGGGGAGGCGGGGAGGGAUGGGGAACGGGGUGAUGAUGAGAUGGGGGGAGAGAUUAAAAGUGCUGGCGCGGUUGUCGGUGGUGGUUCUGGUGGUGCUGGUGCUGCUGGUGGUGCUGGUGCUGCUGGUGGCGCUGAUUCUGGUGGUGGUCGUGAUGGUGGGGACGCAAGGCAAGAUUCUGGUGACGUGGGUAGUGGGAGAAGGAGUGGGGGAGGCCGACAGGAGGUAGCAGGGGAAAAGGCAAAAGAAGAAACGGGAGCAGAGACGCGGGCAGGGGCAGGGGCAGGGACAGAUAAGGGCGGUGGGGCAGGAGAGCAGGGGAUGGUGACACAGGAAGGGGGCUUGAAGGGGGAAGAAGGAGUAGGAGUAGGAGGAUUAGGGGGAUUAGGGGGAGGAGGAGAAUCAGGGAAAGACUUGAUAGGCUUUUUAGCAGAGACAGCCGUUGCAGGGCCAUUAGAGAAGGAGGGUGCUGUUACGGGCGAGACACUGAAGGAAGGUGCAGGGAGAGGGACGGGAGAUGGGCGGGAAGAGGUAAGUGGCAGGGAAAAAGGUUCUGAUGGUAAGGGGCUGAAGCAGCAGCAGGGAGAGCAGGAGGGGAAAACGGAGCAGCAGCAGCAGCAGCAGCAGCAGCAGGGGGAGCAGGAGGAGAGGGCAGAAGUUGGUGGUGGGGACGAGAGAAGGCUAAUUGUAAGAUUUUCUGUGAACAAACGUGGGAAAGAGGAGGAGGAAAAGGCGGAGGAGGAAAAAAAUGGUGUGACAGAUCUGGGGGGAGCAGCAAGUGGGGCUGCUUCUGAGAGUAAAUCCCUGGAGCGUCAGGGCAGGAGGAAUGCUGAGAACCAAGCUGCGAGUCCUCCUGUUAGUGGCGAGCAGACACUAACAGGAGAUCGGAUGAGCGAGGGGAAUGCUGCAGAGGUGUCAGGAGGGGCAGGGAAGGGUUGGGGUGGGAGGAGGGAGCAAGAGAGAUUGGGUGCUGAGUGCAAGGAGCGGGAAGCUUCUGGGAAUGGUCCUGUGGAGGGGCGUGGUGAGUUUGAGGGCGCGAAGGAAAGUGAGCAGAGGAAGGGAAGAGAGGGAGUGAGAGAAAGAGACGGGGGGAGAGAAAGGGAGGCGGGGAGAGAAACGGAGGGUGUGAGAGAGAGGGAGGGUGUGAGAGAGAGGGAGAGCGAUCCUGGCCCUGGGAGUGGAGGAGGGCAGAGGGCUGACGUGGCGAUGGCAACUGGUGGAGGGCGGCAGUUCUCGGACUAUCUGCCGCCCAGAAGAAGAGGGGCUCCCCUACUGCCUUCCCUACAGUUCCUCUUACAAACGUUCUCUUCUCUCUCGCCUCGGCUUUUUCUUCCCGUCCCUCCAGGCAUAGUCACAGGCAGGCGAUCGGCUGUGAUUAUAAAGGGCACCGUCAUCCCCUCGCCACUCUCCCACCGGCCAGUCAAGAAAGUCAAGGCAGUCAAGAUGGCUGCCGUUGCCUCAGUCAUGGAAGCUUCCCGCCCCAGCACCCUCCCUUCCUCCCCCCCUCACUCCACCCACGAGCCCACACUCCACCCCCUCACGUCCUCUCUCUCCUCUCUCUCCUCCCCUCCUCGCGCCCCUCCUCCCUCCUCUCCUUUGCUCCCUCGGAUCCCCAAGGGGAGGCGGUCCCCUGUUCCUUGGCUGCCCAUGGGGGGUUCUAGGGGUGCCUCUCCUGCCGUUUCCGAGGGGGACGGGGGUCCUGCUGCUGUUCUUGCUACUGAGUCUGGUGGUAUGGAUGAGUGUGGGGUAAGCAGAGCUGUUACACCCAGUGAACCCCAAGGGGUGAGAGAAAAUGCCUCUGAUUCUCGAGGGCUGGCGGGCGGCGGCAACUGCAACAGUGCAGAUGCGGACAAGGAUCCGCCGCCCACCGAGACUGCUACAGUGCUGGCGUCGCUGAUGAGCGUGGCGGGUGCUGAGCGGGCUGAUCCGGGGGAGGUGCCAUCUGGGGGAGGCGCUGAGGGGAGUGGUGGCGGGGGCAGAAAAUUAGGGUUUGGGGGCCUGACUGGGCGUUUGAGUGAGAAGGUGAGUGGGCGGGCGAGCAGGGAUGGGGAGUCAAGGGUCGGGCAAGAGAGAGGAAUGAUGGAGGAGUCGGGAGAGACGGGAGGGAUGGUAGGGAUAGGAAGUGGCAGCACGGGUGGAGGCAUGGGAAAGAGCAUAGGAGGGGGCACGGGAGGGGACGUGGAGGAUGGGCCAAGUGCAGAUCAGCUAGCGAUUGAAUGCCUUCUGAAAGCUGCAGAAGCGAAGGACGAAGGGGAGGGGGGGUUCACUGAUGGUAACCUGGGCAGCAGAGGGAGACUGGAGGACGGGACAGUGGCAGAUGUGAAGGGGGAGGUAGGUUUGGCUUCAGGAGGGGCAGCAGCAGCUGGGGAAGCAGCAGCAGCAGCAGCAGCAGCAGGGGUUGCAGACGCAGCUGUGAAACCAGAAGCAGGAGCAGGGGCAGGGGCAGGGGCAGGGGCAGCAGAUUCAGAGGAUGAAGAGGAGUUGAGUGUGGCAGCAGUUUUGGCGUCUGGUAAGUGGCAGGGCAAGGGCCGGCAAAACGGGCAACUGAUUUCCAGAUCCAGUCGCUCUGAUACCAUUCCCACGGCCUCUGCUCUCGCCUCUGCUGCUGCUGCAGCAGCUGCAGCCAGUGCUGCACUGCACGCUGCUUCCCUGUCCUCGGCGCUCCCCUCGCACCCUUCCCCCCUGUCGUCCCCUCCUCUCUCCCACCGCUCCUCCCUGUCUGCUCCUUCUCUCCCUGCCGCCUUGCAAAGUCCCUGGCGGGCGGCUCUUGCUGCUGAGAUUGAGAGGGAGAAGAGCGAGGGGGCAUGGGUGGCCGGAUCAGAUAUUGCGGUAGGCUCUGGGGCAGGCGCGGGGGCAGGGAGUGCGGAAGGGAGAGAGGCAGAGGGAGCGGGGGGAGCUGGAGAGGCGGAAGGGGAGAAGCAGGUGAGGAUGCCUGUUGCUAAGCGGCUGAAGGUGUGUGGUGAUGGGGAUACUGACAGUGUGGGGAGUGGGGGAGUGGGGGGUAAGAGGGGGAAAGGGAGUGGGAAGAAGAGGGAAGAAGGGGAGAGGGCAGUGGACGGGGGUAGGAAGGAAGCAGGGGAGAGGAAGGAAGAGGGAGGAGAGAAGAAGGAAGGGGGGGAGAAGGUGAAAGUGACAAGGAAGAGGACCGGAGCAGGGGUGUCGAAGGCUGGAGGGGAAGGGGCACGGAAGGCUGGAGGAGUGGGGAAACCACGUGGGUUGGUUAAAGCCAAGGAUGGGUCAGCAGCAGCAGGAGCAGGAGCAGGAGGAGCAGGAGGAGAAGGAGGGGGAGGAGUUACUGGAGUGUCAACAGGAGCAGCUGGAGCAGCAGGAGCAGCAGGAGUAGCAGCACCAGCAGUGGGAGGAGGAGCAGCAGCAGCAGUAGCAGCAGCAGGAGCUGGGGCAGGGGCUGCGGUUGAGGUAGCGAAAGAGGAGAAGCAGGACGGUGCAGGGGAGGCGGGUGGGAAGGUGGGAACACCAAAGAAGCAGGGCAAGCAGGAGAAGGAGGAAAAGCAGGAGGAUAUUCCGCUGCGGCGGCUGCAGAAGCAACAGGCAACUGAAAGGAAGGAGGCGAAGGCUCGUCAGCAGCAGCAGCUGAUGCACCAGCAACAGCAACUGUUAAAGCAACAGCAACUGUUAAAGCAACAGCAGUUGAAGCAGCAGCAGCAGCAGCAGCAGCAGCAGGUGCAGGAGGGAGUGGGUUUGACCAAAGGGGAGGAGGCGGGUGAGGAGGAUGGGGUGCUUGGGUUGCAGCAGCUGCAGCAGGCUCUGAUGCACGGCCAAGCCGGGUCUUCAAAACAGCCGCAGCAGCAGCCGCAGCAGUCCCCGUUAGUGUCACAGUCACAGCUGCACAAGGGCCUGCCACUACAAGCACAGAAAGGGUCGUUACAGUCACAAAAAGGCGUACAAUCACAUGGGCAGAAAGCAUCACAGGUACAGGUACAACAGGGGCUCCACUCGUUACAAUCACAUUCGCAGCAGGGGCUGCACUCGUUACAGUCACAAGCACAAGGAGGGUUGCAGUCACAGGCACAAGCACAGAAGGCAGCGCAGUUGCCAGAGAAGCAGGGGCAGGCUCAUGGGGCGAAGGCCGGUGCGGCUACAGGGGGGGCUGGUGGGACAAAGAGGAAGGCAAGCAGAGCAAAGAAAUCUCCUGACAAAGCUCUGCAGCAGCAGCAGCAGCAGCAGCAGCAGCAGCAGCAGCAGCAGCAACAGCAGCAACAGCAGCAACCGCAGCAGCAGCAGCCGCAGCAGCAGAAGCAGCCGGAGGAGAAGCCGGCUGAGAAGCGGCCUCGCAUUCUGUUUGACUUUGACCUAAACGUCGCUGAGGACACUGCUGAAGACGCUACAGCUGCCGCUACAGAUGGUGCUACAACCGGUCCAGCAGCCACCUCUCCUCCUGCUGCUGCCCCUGCACCUGCCCCUGUCUCUUCCCACGCCCCUGCGCCUGCCCCUGCCCCUGCCCCUGCGCCUAGAGGGUUUGACCUGAACUUUGCAGAGGAGGCGGAGGAGGAAGAGGCGGAGUUUCUUCCUCCUCAUCCACCUCCUGCUGCGGGCGCUGCUGCUGCUGCUGCUUCAGUCUCUAAUAGGCAGUCUGCUGACGGUGCGCCUGCUGCUCCCUCGGCUCCCGUUGCUGCCCCUGCCGCCCCCACUUCCCCACCAGCAUCACAGAAUCGGUUUUUGGACUUUGAUUUGAAUGAUGGGCCAGGGUUUGGAGAUGAGCCAUUGCAGCCGUCUCCCUCCCCUCCUCCUCAAGCAAAUAGAGCAGCUGUAGCAGCAGGAGCGGCUGUAGCAGGUGGGCCAGGUGGGGCGGCUGGAGCAGGUGGAACUGUGCCAGCCGUCUCGUUUCACCCCAUGCACUCCGCCUCUCCUUUCUUGCAUGUGCAAGCUCAGGCGCAGCAACAGCAGCAACACCAGCUGCAACAGCAGCGGCAGCAGCAGCUGCAACAACAACAGCAGCAGCAACAGCAGUGGCAACACCAGCAGCUACAGCAGCGGCAGCAACAGCAGCAGCAGCAACAGCAGCAGCAGCAACAACAGCAGCGGCAAGGGCAGCAGCAACAACAGCAACAGCACCAGCAGCGGCAACAGGAACAGCAACACCAGGCACAUCAGCAGCAGCAGCAGCAGCAGCAGCAGCAGCAGCAGCAGCAGCAACAGCAGCAGCAGCAACAACAACAUGUGCAGCAAUUACCCUCUCAGCUACAUGGGACUAGCAGCAUAGGUAGCAUAGGGAUGAGUGGGCUUAACAGCAUCGGUAGCAUGGGUAGUAGUGGUGCUAUCAACAGCAUGGGCAGCAUGGGUAGCAUGGGCAUGAGCGGACCAAACACCCUGAAUAAUAGCAUGUCCGCUUCUAGCAGCUUAGGUAACAGCAGCAGCAGCAUGGGUGCUCUGAACAGCCUUAGCGCCCUCUUCGCCUCCUCCUCCCUCCCUACAGUCACACAGCCUCCAGCGUCCCUCCUGGCCAAGCUAGCCCACGCAGGCGUGCCGCUAUCAGGUGUGCUACAAACGGGGCUCUCCCAGUCCGUCCUCGCCCAAACCAGCGUUCCUGUAACGAGCACCCCGUCAGCAGUAGGAGGGGGAGCAGGAGGAGGAGCAGGAGGAGGAGCAGGAGGAGGAGCAGGAGGAGGGGCAGGAGGAGGUGGAAGGAGCAGCCGAGGCGGAAAUAUUCCUCCUCUUACUGGUUCUCCUGCUCCCCCGCUCCCCUUUCGCCCGUCCUCUCGAGGGGCAGGCUUUAACCCCGCUGCAGCUGCAAGCUCAGGAGCGAAUGCUGCAAGCAGCGGUGGUCAGAACUUAACGAAUUCCCUACUACAGGCUCUACUCCAGAAGCAGCUCCUGCCCGCCAGCCAGCGCCCGGUGUCUCUUUUCGACUUCAAAAUCACUUCGCCACAUUUCCUGCACUCCCCACACUCCCCACACUCCCUGCACUCAACCCGUCUCCGCCAGUCCCUACAGGCCCUACUUCAGAAGCAGCUCCUGCCAAUGCCAGACUUGGAUUUAAAUGCUGGUCCGGAGGCAGGGGGGGAGGAGGAGGUGGAGGGGGAAGAACGUGGGGAGAUGGGGGAAAAGGAAGAGGUCAGGGGAAAGGGAGAGGUGGGGGGGAAGGGAGAGGCGGAAGGGAAGGGGGAGUUGGGGGGAAAAGGGGAAACAGGAGGAAGAGAGGAGGUGGGGGGAGGCGAGAAGGAGGUGGGGGGUGGGCGACAGCAGCAGGUGGGGAAGCUGGGAGGGCCUUUGGCAGACGAGGGGAGUGGGAAAGUAGCACCAGCAGGAAGAGAAGAGGUAGGGGAAGGCGAGAAGGAGGUAGGGAGAGAGCGACAGCAGCAGGUGGAGAAGCUGGGAGGGCCUUUGGCAGACGAGGGGAGUGGGAAAGAGGCACCAGCAGGAAGAGAGGAUGCGGUCACUAAAGCAGAGCUUGUGGGGAGUGCUGCUGUUGGCAGGAUAGGCAGUUAUGGGAGAAACGCACCGGUGCAGCUGGAGCAGGAGGAGCAGGAGGAGCUUCACAAGCAGUUGGCAGGAGCUAAAGCUGUGGCUGGUUUGGAAGCCACUGUAGCAGUGGUGCAUGCAGUGACACCUCAGGUCGCGUUUCAGGUUCCCUCUCAGGUCGCCCCUCAGGUUCCCUCUCAGGUUGCCCCUCAGGUCUCCCCUCAGGCUUCCCCCCAGGUUGUCCCUCAUGCUGGUUCUCAGGUCGCCUCUCAGGUUGCGUCUCAGGUGGAUCCACAGUUAUCUCAGGAGCAGGUGGGGACUACGGGCGAGGGGAGGCGCAAGAGAAAGGCACCUGAGGGUGGGAUGGAGGAGGGAGUGGUUGCGAAGAGGAGGGAAGAGGAAAGAGGGGAACAGAAGAAGAAAGAGGAGGAAGGGGAGGGGGAGAAGGAGAAGGAGAAGGAGGAGGAUAAGGAGAAGGAGAGGGAGAAGGAGAUGGAAAUUGAGUUGUUGAAAAGGCCACUGCCAGUAGCCCAGGCGUCUCAGGCUGUAGCACAGCAGGCUGUUGCAGGACAGGCUGUAGCAGAGGAGGCUGUAGCACUGCAGGCUGUUGCAGGGGAGGCUGUAGCACCACUGGUUGUAGCAGAGGAGGCUGUAGCACCACUGGUUGUAGCAGAGGAGGCUGUAGCACCACUGGUUGUAGCAGAGGAGGCUGUAGCACCGCAGACUGUAGUACAACAGGCAGCACCACAGGCUGUAGCACCACAGGCUGUAGCACCACAUACUGUAGCUCAACAUGCUGUAGCACCACAGGCUGUAGCACAGGCGGUUGUGGCACAAGGGGCUGCACCACGGGCUGUAGCACCACAGGCUGUAGCACCACAGGCUGUAGCACCGCAGGCUGUUGCACCACAUACUGUAGCACCACAGGCUGGAACACCACAGGCCGCCGUAGCACAGGAGAUUGUAGCACAGGAGAUUGUAGCACAGGAGAUUGUAGCACAGGAGAUCGUAGCACAGGAGAUUGUAGCAGAAAAGACUGGAGAGGGGGCUGUUGCAGAGAAGAUUGCAGAGGGGGCUGUAGCAGACAAGGCAGUUGAGGGGCCCAAGGCUGCAGAGGGGGCUGUAGCAGAGAAAGCUGUUGAGGCGGUUGGAGCAGAGGAGGCUGCAGAGGAAGUGAAAUUGUCAGGACGGAAAAGAGUAUGGCUAGACCUGGAGGAACCGGCUAGGGGGUUAGAGGAGCCAGCUAAGGGGUUGGAGGAACCGGCUAAGGGGUUGGAGGAACCGGCUAAGGGGUUAGAGGAACCGGCUAAGGGGUUGGAGGAACCGGCUAAGGGGUUAGAGGAACCGGCUAAGGGGUUGGAGGAACCGGCUAAGGGGUUAGAGGAACCGGCUAAGGGGUUAGAGGAACCGGCUAAGGGGUUAGAGGAACCGGCUAAGGGGUUGGAGGAACCGGCUAAGGGGUUAGAGGAACCGGCUAAGGGGUUGGAGGAACCGGCUAAGGGGUUAGAGGAACCGGCUAAUGGGUUAGUGGAGCCGACUAAGGGGUUAGAGGCGGGUGAGGGGUUGGUGGAGGAACCGGCUAGGGGGUUGGAGGAAGCGGCUAGGGGGUUGGAGGAACCGGCUAAGGGGUUGGAGGGACCGACUAAGGGGUUGGAGGAACCGGCUAAGGGGUUGGCGGAGGAAUGCGGAAGGGAUGACGGAGGGAAGGGGAAUGGAGGGAAGGAGAAAGUGGAUAAGGAGGAGAGAGAAGGGAAGGAAGAGCGGAGAGAGCAGGAGAUAGUAGGGAAGGAAGAGAAGGAGGCAUCAGGUAAGGAGGCAGUAGCGAAGGAAGAGAGGGGAGGGAAGGAGGAGAAAGGAGGGACGGAAGUGAGGGUAGAGAAGGAGGAGACAGUAGGGAACGUGAUAGUAGGGAAGGAAAAGAAGGGAGGGAAGGAGGAGAGGGAAGGGAAGGAGGAGAGUGGAGGGAAGGAAGUGAGGGGAGAGGAGACUGGGAACGAUAUAAUAGUAGAGAAGGAGGAGAGGGAAGGGCAGGAGGAGAGUGGAGAGAAGGAGAGGGGUGAAAAGGAUGAGAGAUUAGGUAAGGAGGAAAGGGGAGGGAAGGAGACAGAAGGGAAGAAGGGAGAUAUGGAGGUAACAGUAGGGAAGGAAGAGAGGGGAGGGAAUGAGGAGAGGGGAGUGCGGAGAGUAGGUGUGAGUGUGGAGGGAGAAGGGAUGGGAGAAGGGAAGGGAGAAGGGAAGGAAGAAGGGAAGGAAGAAGGGAAGGGAGAAGGGAAGGGAGAAGGGAAGGGAGAAGGGAAGGGAGAAGGUGGAAUGACUGAGAUGGUGGGUGAGGUCAAGGAGAGGGGAGAGGGGAGUGAAGAGGAGAAGAUUAGGGAGGAGGGCGAGAGUGGGAAGAGGAAAGAGGGGGAAGAAGGUGGGGAGAAGGAAGAGGGAGAGAGGGGGAAGAGGAGAGAGGCGGAAGAGAGCGGAUCGAGGAAAGAGGAGGGAGAGGGUACUGGGGAGGCUUGUCAGGUUGAGAGGGUGGUAUUGGGGGCAGAGAAAGAGGAGGUGGGUGGCGCAAGGGUAGGAGGGGAGAAGGAGCAGGAGGGUGGGGAGAUGGCACGCUGUGAUGCAGGGAAAGAGUUUGUUACGGGUUUGGUGCAGAGGACUGGUGUGCAGAGGAGUGGUGUGCAGAGGAGUGGUGUGCAGAGGAGUGGUGUGCAGAGGAGUGGUGUGGAUUUUUCAGUGGUGCCUAGCACAGAGGUUCUAAAAGAAGAAGACAGUGGGGGAAAGGCAGGCGAGGUGGAAGCAGGGAAGGUGGGAACAGGUGAGGAGAAGACAGGACAGGAGAAAUCUGGGGAGGCGAGAGCAGGGGAGGAGGAGAUGGGGGAGGAGGAGAUGGGGGAGGAGAAGUUAGGGGAGAAGGAAACAGAGAAGAAGGAAGGGAAGAACACAGGGGAGGAGAAGGAAAGGGUAUUACCUGAGGGAAUAGUUGGACUUGGCUCUAAACAGGCAGGUUCAUCUGAGGAGCAGGAAGAAGCAGAGGGUGCGGCGCAGGUGGACUCUGAACAGGCAGGUGCAUCUGAAAAGGAGUAUACCGGUAGCAAGAUGGCUGCAGCAGUGAGAGUGGGUGAAGCUGUGAAGGAGGCUGGAGGUGCGAAGGAAGAAGCAGGGAAGGAGGGUGUGGCACAGCUUGAUUCUGAACAGGCAGGUGCAUCUGAGAAGGGGUCUGCUGGUAGCAAGAUGGCUGCAGCAACAAAGGUGGAUGGAGGUGAGAAGGAAGAAGCAGAGGGUGCGGCGCAGGUGGACUCUGAACAGGCAGGUUCAUCUGAGAAGGCGUCUGCCGGUAGCAAGAUGGCUGCAUCUGAUGUGGUGAUUGAAGCUGUGAAGGAGGCUGGAGGUGUGAAGGGAGAGGCAGAGAAGGAGGGUGCAGCACCGCUGGACUCUGAACGGGUGGAUUCAACUGAGAGGGAGUCUGCUGGUAGCAAGAUGGUUGCAGCAGUGAGAGUGGGUGAAGCUGCGAAGGAGGCUGGAGGUGCGAAGGAAGAAGCAGGGAAGGAGGGUGCGGCGCAGGUGGACUCUGAACAGGCAGGUUUAUCUGAGAAGGGGUAUGCUGGUAGCAAGAUGACUGCAGCAGUGAGAGUGGGUGAAGCUGUGAAGAUGGUUGGAGGUGAGAGGAGAGAAGCAGAGAAGGAAGGUGCGAAACAGCCUGACCCAGAACAGGCGGGCUUAUUUGUGGAGGAGUCUGCAGGUGGGAAGGUGGUUGCAGCAGUGGGAGGUGGAGAUGAGAAAAUGGUUGGAACAGAGAAGGUGGUUGGAGGUGUGAAGGGAGAAGCAGAAGGGAAGGAAGGUGCGGAACAAGAGGACCCAGAACAGGCGGGCUCGUUUAAGAAGCAGCCUGCAGGUGGGAAGGUGGUUGCAGCAGCGAGAGAAGGUGGUGGUAUAGAGGCAGCAGCAGGAGGUGCGGAGAUGAUUGGAGGGGAGAAGGGAGAAGAAGGGAAGGAAGGUGGGAAACAACUGAACCCAGAACAGGCGGGCUCGUUUAAGAAGCAGCCUGCAGGUGGGAAGGUGGUUGCAGCAGUGAGAGAAGGUGGAGGUGCGAUAAUGGUUAGACCGGAGAAGGUGGUUGGAGGUGCGAAGGGAGGAGCAGGGACGGAGGGUGUGAACCAAGAGGACCCAGAGCAGGCGGGUUCAUCUGAAAUUGAGCCUGCAACUGGCGAGGUGACAGCAUCUGAAGAGGUGACUGCUGCAGUGAGAGAAGGUGGAGGUGAGAUGAUGGUUGGACCGGAGAAGGUGGUUGGAGGUGCGAAGGGAAAGGCAGUAGGGAAGGAAGGUGCGGCACAGCUGGACCCAGAACAGGUGCAAUCAUUUGAGAAUGAGCCCGCAGGUGGGAAGGUGGAUGCAGCAGUGAGAGGUGCGAAGGGGGAAGCGGGGAAGGAGGGUGCGGCACAGCUGGACCCAGAACAGGUGCAAUCAUUUGAGAAUGAGCCCGCAGGUGGGAAGUCGAUUGCAGCAGUGAGAGGAGGAGGAACAGAAACAGCAGCUGGAGGUGCGAAGGUGGUUGGAGGUGAGGAGCGAGAAGCAUUGAAGGAAGGUGCGAAACUACUGGACUCAGAACAGGAGGGUUCAUCCGAGAAGGAGCAUGUAGGUGGGAAGGUGGAUGCAGCAGUGCUAGAAGGUGGAACAGAAGCAGCAGCAAGAGGUGCGACAAUGGUUGGAGGUGAAAAGGAAGAAGCUGGGAAGGAAGGGCCGUCACAAAUGGGCGCAGAACAGGCGGGUUCAUCUGGGAAAAGGCCUGCAGGUGGGGAGGCGAUUGUUAUGGCCAGGGGAGGAGGAGCUGAGGAGGUUGCUGGAACUGACGAGGGUAAGGCACCAGAUCUCGCAGCUGCAGGGGGGAAGGAGAUUCGACCUGAAGAAUUACCUGAGUCUGUGAAGGCACCUCAGGAAAAGGCACCUGAGGAAAAUGCACCUGAGGAGAAGGCACCUGAGGAGAAAGCACCUGAGGUGAAAGCACCUGAGGAGAAAGCACCUGAGGUGAAAUCACCUGAGCAGAAAGCACCUGAGGUGAAAGCACCUGAGGGGAAGACACCUGAGGAAAAGACACCUGAGGAGAAGGCACCUGAGGGGAAGGCACCUGAGGAGAAGACACCUGAGGAGAAGGCACCUGAGGAAGAGACACCUGAGGAGAAGGCACCUGAGGCAAAGACACCUGUGGAGAAGGAACCUGAGGGGAAGGCACCUGAGGAAAAGGCACCUGAGGGGAAGGCACCUGAGGGGAAGGCACCUGAGGGGAAGGCACCUGAGGGGAAGGCACCUGAGGGGAAUGUUGUUACCAGCAGUCAAGCUAUCCACAGUAGUACUAGUAGUAGAGCGCUCUGCUGUGGAGAGCUGCCAUAUCGUAGCAUCCACAUAUACAGGUACACCACGGGGCAGGUUUCAGCUGCUUAUAGCCAUUAA